AUGGAAGUCCUUAAAAAAUCUGGAUGUUCGUUAACAUUGCUCAUUUUGAUCGGCCACCUCGUCAAAGCGCAUGAACAUCAUCAUUCUACCGGAAACUCUACGUUAGGCUCUGGAAUCACAUCGGAACCGAUCGAUGGAAUUCUUUGGGCUCAUAUAAUUUUCAUGACCUUGGCCUUUGGUAUACUGUUUCCAACUGGCAUGGUGUUGGGCCUUAGCAAGUCACGAUGGCAUGUACCCGUACAGAUACUAGGGACGUCUUUAGCAACAAUAGGUUAUUUCCUUGGUCACGCUCAUGGGGGCCGGGAGUUCGAGGAAAACAUUCAUAGCUCAUUUGCAUCCUACGUUGUGCUUCUACUAUUGGCCCAAAUUGGAAUUGGAAUGUUCCUAAAAUUACAUUUGGAGCGAGGGCCCAGAUGGCUGAGGCCUAUGUUAGUUAAAUUUCACAAGAUCUUUGGUAUUGUCAUUCCGGUCGUCAGUUACAUACAGAUCGUUUUUGGUGCAAUUGUUGCGAAUGGGUGGUGCAGAGGUGAUCAUCUCGGACAGUGUCUUGCGCACUUUAUAAUGGGAUCAUCGUUCAUUGGAUAUGGAAUGGUGUUAAUAAUAAUGAUGAGGCUUGGUGUCGCAUUUCUACGUCGGAAAAGAAAAUCUCAGGAUUAUUAUGAUAGUUGGACCAUCAUGCUUUGGGGUUUAGUAAACACAUUUACGGAACACAGGCAAGUCAUUCGGGAGGGAUUGGCAACUUUAAUUGAGCCUAAAUUUCUAACACAUUUCGAUCGUCUUUUACAAAAGCCAUGGAGUCAUAAAGAUUUACAGCACACUGCACUAGGACUAAUGUGGUGGGCAGGAGGAACGGCAGGAGUCUAUCUGUCGAGAAAAGGUAAACGAACCAUAAUACCGGCUCUCGUGGUCAUAUUUACUGGUUUCGCGAUGGGAUCUCAUGCUCAGUCGUCGGAAUUCUCGACUAAAAUUCACGCAAUUUUUGGAAUGACACUUGUGAGCGCCGGAAUUGUGAGAAUUAUUGAGAUUACUUUCCUUGGAAACCGUAAAACGAUAACUCCCCUGCAUCAUUUGAGUCCCUAUCUUCUAAUUCUUUCGGGUUUACUCUUUAUGGGUUCUAACGAAGAGCAAGUAGCCUUCCUCGAACAGCGAGAUAUUGACCCAUUUUCGUACGCAUUAGUUUACUCCACCAUAGCAUUCCUAGUUUUUAUCUACAGUCAUCUCCAGAUUGAUCUGUAUUGGCUAUCGGGCGAUAAUGACGGUGAAUCCAAGUAUGAUAUCGCCAUAGGUGACACAAUGAUGCAUUCGCGAAAUAUACCACAUAUCCCGCUACCUACAAAUGAUUCACGGGGUAGUUCAGCUAGCCACGAUGAUGACAGAAUGAUUAAUGAAGGGCAGGUGAAAUUGUUAGAUCGUAAUUCUGGAAACGGUUUUCAACUGAACGAAUUGUUGGUAAAUCAACUUGAUGAUGAUGAAAAUGAGAAAAUGAAUGGAGAAGCGAAUGGGAUGUAA